AAAUGUCACUUAACACUAUCUGCGAACCAAAUAGCCAUCACUAAACCCCCUAGCAGGUGAUUUACCCGGUUGGAGACACACAAUUGGUUGAACUUGAUAACGGAUGUUACACAUAAAACAAGAAAUGGUACCGUUUCCAUUUCGAUUAUUCGGAUUUGUUGGGUUUUAGGGGAAGAAGACGAUGCUGACUCCAACAAUCCCAACGCACAACAGGAUCGCUGAUUCAACUCACCAUCCACUACUCGAAGUAGUUAAGACUGCUCUUAUUAAGAUUUUUGUCUCUCCCUACGCCACUGUGUGUGAUUUGUAUUGCGGAAGAGUACCAGACGAAGAGAGAUGGGACGAAGCUCAAAUAGGUCACUUCAUCGGAAUUGAUGAAGCAUCAUCUGGAGUUAGAGAAGUCCGAGAAGCAUGGGAGAGUCAACGAAAGACUUACACUUCAGACUUUUAUGAGCUCGAUCCCUGCAUUGAAAAAUUGGAAUCAAAUUUGGGGGACAAGGGAAAUACAGCUGAUAUUGUUUGUUGCAUGCAACAUUUGCAGUUCUGUUUUGAAAGUGAAGAGAAAGUAAGAAGACUUCUGCAUAAUGUGUCAUCUUUAUUGAAACCAGGGGGUUACUUAAUCGGUAUUACUCUGGACUCAUCUACUAUAUGGGCAAAGUAUCAGAAAAAUGUUGAAGCAUACCACAACCGAAGUGGCGCCAUGAAACCCAACCUUGUUCCCAAUUGCAUUCGAUCAGAAAACUAUAUGAUCACUUUUGAAGUUGAAGAAGAAAAGUUUCCUUUUUUUGGGAAAAAGUACCAGAUGAAAAUUGCAAAUGACACGUCUGCUGAAACACAUUGUCUGGUACAUUUUCCAAGCUUGAUCAGACUGGCAAGAGAAGCUGGUCUUGAAUAUGUGGAGAUACAAAACUUGCUGGAAUUUUAUGAUGAUAAUAGAGCACAGUUUUCUGGGAUGCUUCUAGAAGCCGGUCAUGGUCUUGUGGACCCCAGAGGGAGGCUCUUACCAAAAUUCUAUGAUGUACUAGGUUUAUAUACUACAUUCAUAUUUCAAAAGCCUGAUCCGGAUGUUGUCCCUCCACUUAUGACCCCAUUAUUGCAUGAUCAUGGAACCCAAAUCCUUGAUGAGAGGGAGUGGCAGGGUAGUGUGUGGAGGGAUGAAGAGAAAAUUGGAGCAUCACAUUCUGAAUCAACUUUCAGCUUGGGGAAGAUAACUGAACAGAAAGGGAUUUUAGGCCCUGGACCUGCUGAUUUACGUUUUUCAGAAGCCAUUUAAGCUUCUUCCUCACUAAUAAUCUCACUCAUAUUCAUCUAUAUGUUCAUCAUGACAUUAAGAACUAAAAUCCUUAGG